CUCUAAUUGCAACAAGGAACGGCCGGAGGCCCAGGCCAUUUUUCGGCCUUCACUGUUUUUUGUUCUCAUUUUAUUUUUGCUUCUUUUUUCCCCCCUCCUGGUUAACCAUUUUCAUUAUUUCCAAAAUCGCUCGUCAUUGUUAACUUGUACCAUUUUCCCCGACAUAUGUCAGAAGAGAAAGCCAACUUCUCCACGUUCUGCAGCCAAACGUAAUAUUUAUGUCUGUUUGUAUAACAGUAUGUCAGAAGAGGAUGCCAACUUCUCCACGUUCUUCAGCAACUCUGCCAUCAAUUUCAUAUCCCAGCCCUUAUAAAUUCUAUUCAGAAAACAGAUUAAAUUAUAUUUUUCCUCAGUUGAAUUAAUUUAUGGGUGUGAUUACGAUGAAUUGGAUACGUUUGCAUGCACUUCUUCUUCUGCUACUCUUCAACAAUGGAACAUCACAGUCCAUCGUCAAGACUCUUCCAGGUUAUUCGGGUACUCUGCCCGUCACACUCGAAACCGGAUACAUUGGUGUGGGAGAAAACGAUGAAGUGCAGCUAUUCUACUAUUUCAUUGAGUCCGAAAAUAAUCCUAAAACAGACCCGCUUUUGCUUUGGAUGAAUGGUGGACCUGGUUGCUCUGGUCUAUCCUCCCUGGUCUACGAAAUUGGUCCACUAGCUUUUGAUGUGGUAGAUUUUAAUGGAAGCUUACCAUCUAUUCUCCUAAGGCCACAUUCAUGGACCAAGGUUGCCAAUAUUAUAUUCAUUGAUUGGCCUGUUGGUACCGGAUUUUCAUAUUCAACCACCACAAGAGGUUACUCUUCAACGGACACAAAAUCAGCAAAAGAUAAUUACACAUUUCUGAAGAAGUGGUUAUUGAAUCACCCCAUGUUUAUCAAAAACCGUCUAUAUGUUGCGGGUGGAUCCUAUGGAGGCAAACUUGUUCCCAUGGUUGCCAUGGAAAUAUUAUUAGGUAACGAAGCUGGAUUGCAGCCACCUUUGUCCCUCCAAGGAUACAUUGUUGGCAGUGGACUAACAGAUCCAGACAUUGAUUAUAAUGAAAGAGUUCCGUAUGCACACCGUGUGGCACUUAUAUCUGAUGAAUACUUUGAGCGAGCAAAAGUUAGUUGUAACGAAAAAUAUGUGAAUCAUGAUCCAAAAAACGAACAAUGUCAUUUAGCCCUUCAAGCUAUUGAAGAGUGUGUAAACCAGCUAAAUCUAGGUCACAUAUUGGAACCAAGAUGUAAAUUCCUAAUGCCAAAACCAGAUGAUUUUGGAUGGGAUCACACGUUCCUGGAAGACAAUUCAGUUGAUCACCUCCUUCUCCCAACAUCCAAAGAAGAUCGACUGUGGUGUCGCACUGAAAACUAUGCAAAAUCUUAUUUUUGGGCUAAUGAUCCAACUGUUCAAGAAGCUCUUCAUAUUAGAAAGGGGACGAUAGGAGACUGGACGAGAUACAACCGUAGCUUAUCUUAUAAACUCAAUCAAGAAAGUGUUCUUCAUUAUCAUAAAAUUUUCAGCGAGAAAGGAUACAAUGUUUUAAUAUAUAACGGUGAUCAUGACCUGGCUGCAACUUAUAUGGGUACUUUAAAAUGGAUUCGUAAUCUCAAUCUGACUGUUGAUGACGACUGGAGACCUUGGAAUGUUAAUGGCCAAGUCGCAGGGUACACAUUGAAGUAUAAGAAGAAUGAAUUCAAUCUCACAUUUGUAACAGUGAAGGGUGCAGGUCAUUCACCACCAGAGUACUACCCUAAAGAAUGCCUUGCAAUGUUACAGCGGUGGCUCUCAGUACGUCCUAUAUAGAUAUUGAUACAGAUAGGGGUUCAUUUGUAGUACCCUUUUACAAUAUAAUCUCAAUAAAUAUCGUGCAUUUUUUGUUCUGCUAAUCAAACUUGUUACUUUUAAGAGCAAUGUACCAAAAAAAUUAAAUUUGGUUAUAU